AUUACAUUGAUGUGAAUUGUCUUGCCUUUAAAACGAUUGUCAUCUUAUUACUUGUAAACUUCUCAGGGCAUGGAGACAUUCACCACUAUUAACAAUACACGUUGGCAGCUUUGCAAAGGCUGAUCACAAGACCAUUGUUCCGUUUUCUUCGUAGGUCUGCUGGUAGAAUUCGUGCUGGAAAUAGGUUUUCGGGCAGAGGUACUUUGACAGCAGAUAUUUUCUCUUUUGUGUUGUAUAUUUCUGAAGUGGAAGAAACUAAUCAUCGAUAUGACGAGUACAGAUUUUAACGUAAAAUCUAUUAUACCUGCUUUACCGGAUGAAAGAAUUGAUAUGCUAGCUGCAACAAGUGUGUUGCAGCAGCAAGCAACAGAAAUCCGCAACCAGCGGGUAAACUGGCAGUCUUAUCACCAGUCUCUGAUGAUUUCACAAGAAGAUUACACCUUCAUUGUGGCAUUUGAUAAUGCUGAUGCAGCAAGUCGGGAAGCGCAGCUUCAAGAUAAUCGUAGCCAGUGUGCAAAGACAUUCCUCAACUUGCUGGGGCAUGUUUCUAAGGAUCAGACCAUACAGUACAUUCUAGUAAUGAUUGAUGACAUGUUGCAGGAGGACCAUUCACGUGUGGAAAUUUUUCGUGAACACUCAUUAAAGAAACGAGAAUCAGUAUGGGGUCCAUUCUUGAAUCUUCUGAAUCGCCCUGAUGGUUUCAUUAUGAAUAUGACUUCAAGGAUAAUUGCAAAGAUUGCCUGCUGGAACCAGGAGCUGAUGGAUCGUUCAGACUUACAGUUUUACCUCACCUGGUUGAAGGAUCAGCUGAAGCAGAAUAGUGAAGCACUAACGGAUGCAAACUUGCAUGGUUCGCGUUCAGCACAGGAUUUGUCACCAGAUUAUGUCUUCAAAACACCAGCUGAGCAGCAUGAGGAGAAUCUGAAUAACGAAUACAUGCAGUCAGUGGCACGGUGUCUGCAAAUGAUGCUACGUAUAGAUGAGUACAGAUUUGCAUUUGUAGCAGUGGAUGGUAUCUCUACUCUUUUAACAGUUCUUCAGGGACGAGUCAACUUCCAGGUCCAGUACCAACUGAUCUUCUGUCUCUGGGUUCUCACCUUCAACCCUCUGCUGGCUGAGAAAAUGAAUAAGUUUAGUGUGAUCCCAAUAUUGGCAGACAUCCUCAGUGAUUCUGUCAAAGAGAAGGUCACACGCAUCAUUCUGGCUGUGUUCAGGAAUUUAAUAGAGAAGCCAGAGGAAUCCACAGUGUCAAAGGAGCAUUGUAUUGCUAUGGUACAAUGUAAAGUACUUAAACAGCUGAGCAUCUUAGAACAGCGAAAAUUUGAUGAUGAAGACAUUGUGGCUGACAUUGAAUUCCUCAAUGAAAAGCUACAGGCAUCAGUCCAGGAUCUCAGUUCAUUUGAUGAAUAUGCAACAGAAGUGAAGUCUGGCCGCCUGGAGUGGAGUCCUGUACAUAAAUCCGCAAAAUUCUGGAGAGAAAAUGCACCCAGAUUGAAUGAGAAGAAUUACGAGCUUCUGCGGAUCCUGAUUCACCUCCUGGAAACAAACAGAGACCCUCUAGUACUGAGUGUUGCAAGUUUUGAUAUUGGCGAAUAUGUCCGCCACUACUCAAGAGGCAAACAUAUCAUUGAGCAGCUGGGGGGAAAGCAAUUGGUGAUGCAGCUGCUGGGUCAUGAAGAUCCCAAUGUGCGGUACGAGGCUCUGCUUGCAGUUCAGAAAUUGAUGGUGCACAACUGGGAAUAUUUGGGCAGACAGCUGGAAAAGGAACAAACACAGAGCACCAAGCAGCCAACAGGAGCUGGAAAUUUGGCAGCUAAAGCUUAGAAGUAUAUCUGAAAGUGUAGAUACAAUUGAGAGCAUUGCGCCUUCUUAGUAGUACAUAAAACAAAACUAAACUAUAGUUGGCAUUGAUGAAAUAAUUAAAAUUGCAAAUGCCAAUGAGUAGCACAGGAAUUUUUCGGUUUCAUCAGUGAAAAUGCUUAGUGGUUCAGAGACACAACAUUAUGAAUUGAAAUAAGGUUAAAUAUCAAAUUACAAAAUGACUGUCCUGUUGACACAAAUGUUAGAUCCUUCAUUAGUAUAUCUUUUCCAAGUAAUUUUGGUGAUAGAAACACAUUUUAAGAGUUUGGAGGGGGAGGGGUUGUUUAACUGCUGUUCCUUUCAACCAUAAUAUAGUAUGUUUAAUUUUCAUAUGAAUUAAAGACCGUGGGUUUCCUUCAACUAGUUACUAUGUGUUGAUGUAUGGUUGUAUGGUUAGCGCAUUUCCCCAUCCACCAAUUGGACAUGGUCUUUAUCCAGGCUCUGUGGCAGACAAAGCUACACUUGAGUAGGUUUUCUAUUUCUUUUGAGCUGUGGAUAGACAACCUUCUUUCAAGAUAAGCCUUAAAUCCAUUAAACAAGAACCUUUUGUUUUUGUAAAAUGUUCUGUCCCUGACAAAGUAAAUAUUGAGGUAAGUAGCAUUAUUGGUAUUUUGUGAUGGGUUUUGCUUUUCCUUUAUUUGUUGCAAAUUUUCCAUUCCAGCUGGUUUUUAUUUAGGCAUUAUUGCAAGAAAUUCAUCCCAAUUUAAUUGUGUGUGUAUAUAGUCUACCACUUUUCAGAUGACCAGGUAUCAUUUUCUGUGGUCUUUGUUAGGAAAAUAAUGUGAAAAUAUCUCGUUAUAUCCAGAGAGCUGUGUGCACUUUGUAAAUAUGAACACAUUCAUUAAACUGUCUGAAGCUUUUAAAAUUCAAUCCUAUCUGAAUUUGCAGUAGAAUAUUCAUGAAUUUCUAAAACUUUGGUGAAUGUUUGUUACAUUAUCUUAAACUCAGAAUUUUCAGAAUGCAGAUACAUUGCAUUGAUGGACAUUCUUCAGUUGUGGAUGAUAUGAUUUGCUUUCAAGUUUCUUGGUUGUGCUUGUGUGAGAUGAUGUUCACCUACCACCCAGCCAUGUAUUAUGUGACUAUACAUUCCAUAUCAAACACACAAAUUAAAGUUGUAUAGAAUAUUGUAAAUGUAGAGUAUCAUUUAUAUAAUUUUAGUGAUGUAAAUACACAGGAUUGAUGUUGUAUAUGCUUGUUAACAAUGAAUAAUAAUAUAAGAUACAGAUUGCAAUAA